AUGGCUCACAAAGAAAAAUCAAGUGGUUUUAAGAAGACUACUGAGAAUCCAAAACCUGCUCUACCGAAAGAUACUUCUAAAGCUGCCAAUCAACCAAAACCGAAGGUGCAAAAGAGGAAAUCUGUGGCUUGGGUUCAUUUUAGCGAGACAAACGGAAAACUCAAAGCUGAGUGUAACUAUUGUUCUGCGCUGAUCUCAUGCCGAACCGAUGCUGGUUCGACAACUAGUGCCAUGCUCAAUCAUAUGAAAAGGUGCAAGCAAUACCUAAAUCUUGGGCUUAAUGAAGAGGAUGUUGAUGAAAGCCAAGGUAGACGUGUGAAACAGUCAACUUUGUUUCAUCGUAGCGGGACUGGAAAAGAUAAAGAGGGUGUUCCUUCGUUCCUUACAUUUAACAAAGAGGAUUCUCUUCGUGCUCUGUUUCGGAUGAUUAUAAAAGAUGAAUUGCCUUUUCGAUUUGUGGAACGAGAAGGUUUUAUAGAGUUUUGUAUGGUGCUGCAGCCACGUUUUCAAAUGCCGUCACGUAGGACUGUGACGAGGGGUUGCUUAGCUAUGUUUGAGGGAGAAAGAGAACAGCUAAGGACAUGGUUUAAAAAGUUUUCUGGAAGCGUUAGUCUCACCACAGACACAUGGACUUCUUGUCAAAAUCUGACUUAUAUGUGCUUGACGGCUCAUUUCAUAGAUUCUGAAUGGAAUCUACACAAGAAGAUAAUAAACUUUUGCCAAGUCUCAAGUCAUUCAGGUGAGAUGAUGGGAAGAACGAUGGAGAAGUGUUUGCUGUUUUGGGGAAUUGACAAAGUUUUUACAAUCACGGUAGACAACGCAAGUUCAAAUGAUUUAGGAGUGCGUUACAUGCGAAAAAGUCUACAAUCAAGAGGAGGCUGUAUGUUAAAUGGCGAGUUUCUUCAUAUGCGGUGUGGUGCUCAUAUCUUAGGUUUGAUUGUUAAAGACGGCUUAAAGGAUGUAGAGGCUGCGAUAACUCGGAUUCGUUUGGCUGUUCGUUAUAUAAGAUCUUCUCCAAAUAGGUUGGUGAAAUUUAAAGAGUGUCUUGAACAAUUGAAACUUCCUACGAACUGUGGUGUUUGCUUGGAUGUGGAAACCAGAUGGAACUCAACCUAUUUAAUGUUAGAUUCUGCUCUUAAGGUAAGGAAAGCUUUUGAUUUGCUGGAAGUAAAAGACAGAGCCUAUAGAGUUGAGAUGGCUGAUGAUUUGCCGAGUGAUACUGACUGGUCUUAUGCUGAAGGUCUUGUUCCAUUCUUGGAGUCAUUUUAUGAGACAACCGUGAAGAUAUCUGGGUCUCUUUACAUCACAUCAAAUGUUUAUAUGAAAGAGAUCUUUGGCUUAUCUUUACUUAUAAUGAAGAUGGGUAUGGAUGAGUCUAGAUCCAUAAGAGAGAUGUCAGUCCGGAUGAGAGAAAAGUACGACAAGUAUUGGGGAAAUUUUGAUAACAUGAACAUGCUUAUCUUUGUUGCUACUGUACUUGAUCCAAGGUACAAGAUGCAGUGGGUUAAAUGGUUGAUUGAUGAAAUAUACUCGGCACAAGAUGCUUCUGAUUUACUGUCAAAGGUUCGUGCUGCUUUAGAUAAGAUGUUUGACUACUACAAGACUAUGGUUCCGGAAAGUACGGUGUCUUCUAGUGAAAGAAACGACAAUGUUGGAGAAGAUGAUGUUCAAAAAAUUGGAAAGAUUGGUUCUUGGAUGAGUUCUAUGUACAAGAAACACAAGGAGAGUAAAGGAUAUGCACAACCUGAAACAGAGCUGGAAAGGUAUUUGUUGGAUGAUUGUGAAAACGAUGAGGAUCAGAGUUUUGAUAUCUUGUAUUGGUGGAAGACUACAGGAUCAAAGUAUAAGAUAAUCUCUCUGAUGGCGAAAGAUAUACUUGUUGUUCCCGUAUCGACAGUUGCAUCGGAAUCUGCUUUUAGUGCGGGAGGUCGUGUGCUUGAUUCUUUCCGAAGCUCACUCACUCCAACAAUGGUCGAAGCUCUCAUUUGCACUCAAGAUUGGAUACGGCGUGACAAUCAACCUCUUGUGGUAGAAGAAACAAUGGCGGAUAUACUAGAAUUCGAAUCUGAGAUGGAGGCAGAAAAUACUUUUGGUCCUAUGGUUGUUGAUGAUUGA